UUGUACACCUGUGCGUAGACCAAAGUCAAAAUAUCAUGCAGUGCCCAGUAACCCACCCGGCCUCUACCAAAUAUCAAUAAUUCUCUAUUUCUUCUGGGAGAUUAAAGAAGUAACUGCCGUCGUCCUCCCCCUCCCGCUGCUGCUGCUGCUGAAAGAGCUUUGCGCUUCUGUGCUUGCUUCCAUUGUACUAAUCCGUUGCAGUCAGAAAGAGAUGGCGGAAAAAGGAGGAAAGGGGUUUUCGCUUCCCAAAGGUUCUCUGAAAGGUAAGGAUGACAACUCAGCAAAGUCAAAACAGGGAAGGAAGGUCCAGAUCGACUUUGAAGAUGUUUCAGAUCCAUUGGAACCUAAUUCACCAAAGACCAAUGGGAAGGUUAAUACACCAAUUUCCAAAGGUGACUCGGGCAAAGGUGGGAAAGCAAGUAAGGCUGCAAGUGGUGGUACGAAUUCCGUGACAAAAGCACCUUCUCUGGAGUUCAAAAUUGAGGAAGAACUUCCCAAGAAUGUAAAAUGCUUAAUGGACUGUGAAGCUGCAGAGAUCUUGCAAGGAAUUCAAGAUAGGAUGGUAGUAAUAUCAGCUGAUCCAUCCAUAAAAAUUCCCAUUUCAUUUGACAGUGGCCUGACAUAUGCCAAGAGGGGUGGCGUUUUUUCUAAUCCACAGUCUGUUCGAAAAAUACUUGAGCCUCUUAUCAAAUACGGUGUUUCUGAGGGCGAGAUGUGCAUGGUUGCCAAUCUAAAAGUAGAAUCUGAUGAUGAAGUUUUUGCUCUUGUGCCCUCACUGAAGAGUAAAGAGGGCAAGCUGAGAGACCCCCUCAAAACUGCUUUGAAUGAACUAGCCAAGAUCCAAAGCUCGGUGUAAGGUCUUGAUACACCAGUUGAUGCUAUUGCUUAAUUUCUGGGGCUUUACGGAUGUGAAUACAGGCUCCAUUUUUGAAGUAGCUCAGGCAGAUUACCUUGCUGAAGAUAAUUUUCCCUAUUUCUUAUCGUUGCAUAACUUGUAUGCAUAGCAUUAACAAUGAAAUGCUUUUAUAAGGCAGUUUGAAACUGUUACCUGGUAGUGGUAGCAAAAAAAUGAUGUCGCAUAUCAAGUCCCUGGUUAGAUGGAUCUCAUUAUGUAAUCGGAAAGGUGAGACUGUUUCUGGAAACAAGAAUCGUGGAGGGACUUGUGAGAGGAUUAGAGGAUAUGCUAAAUUAAAGAACUAACGAGCAGCAAGAAUCAACUGAAAACAUCUACCUCAAGAGAUGAUGUUCUUAAUUGUCAUGUUAUUCCGUAUGCCAUAGGAUCUACUCCAAUAUAUAAUGGUUGUGCAUUAUCCUGAUCGAGAAUUUGCGAGUUUAGACAUUGUA